AGCGGGCAGAUCAUCCAUGUCGCCGCGAUCUUUUUGCUAUGGUGUUCCAGGCUUCCCCGGCAAAUCAGAGCGGAGGUGCAAGAGCGGUAUGCAGCAGUGGUGGACCGUAACCAUGGCAUCGUCGGUGGAAGGCGAGUAGCGGUAAACAGCAGCAUAGAUAGCUCUCCAGGCGGCGGCAUGGAUUGUGUGUGCCAUGGUGGGAAGAAAAUUUUCAUCCAAGGGAAAUUGGGCUUCGUACCGUGUGUCAAGGAGAGACUCGCAGGAGGCCCAAGCAGUGAAUGCGGCUCCGAUGAGAUGGAAGGGCCUUCCUAGCAAUCAUGGCAGGCGAGCCGGGACGACGUUGAGUGGUGGACACCCGUUGCUCUGGACGGAGACUCAGAGGCAGCCGUGUGCCGCGACGACGGCUCUGUGUAGUCCUGGUGCUAGGGAGAAUAGUGCUCCCAGGGAAGCCAUCCCGAGCUGGGGGACAUGUCGUGAUGGGGGCUGCAGGCCAACGACGACGUUGUGCUCGCUCUUGGGCAGGCGAGACGGUCGCCACUCAUUUGGCUGCGUACGACAACCAUGUGGGAGGACGCUGGUGCCAGGAGGCGGCGCGCAGGCCCAGUGCACAGACAAACAAUGGGCAGCCUGGCUGCCGCUCUCAAUCAGCGAACGGGCGUGGUGCCCAAGCCCAGGGCGGGUGGUUCAUGCUGAGGGCGGAGGUGACAGAAGUGGAGCGCCGUGUGCAAGGAGGGGCCUCAGCAGCAGCAAACGAAACACGCUGAAAACGGUGGCAGAGUGAGGGGACAAAGAGGGUUGUUCAGGCGUUGCACAGCAAGGGGUAUUUGGAAGCACCGUCGACGCAACUCUGGAUGCAACCAACUCUGGUCCUCUUGCCGUAGCUCCCGUCGUUUUUGGAGCGAGCGAGCAUGGCGAGCGGCGGCUGGCCAGGAUCACGGCCAGGGCAUAUUGCAUUUGGGGCCCAUAAUUACCCAGAGCUGCCAAGGCCAGAGCACUCGACGGCCGCCCUC